GAACAGAGCGACCCGGUGGUCCUAUGUAAUUUUGCUGGCUCAGCCUGGCUGUGAGCCGGCAGUGCGGUUAGUCGCACGUGCCUCCGCGUAUAUAGACUGUCGCAGACGAAGGUGACGGUCUUCGCCUACGACCACACUCACGUCGUGUUCGGCUCCUCGAGCCUCCCUGUUGUGAUCCCGUCCACUCGUUUACGACGAUGACCAUGCUGUCUUUCCUCUCUCUGGGCUUGCUCGCGCUUCCUGCAGUCCAUGCAACAGGUUCCCCUUUCCACGCUCGGGAUGCUUCAACCGAUUCUGCAAACUCAACAAACUCGACCGUCGACAUGGUCGCGGCGGCGUGGUAUACCGGGUGGCACUCCGACACCCUCACGCUGGGCAACGUAAGCUGGGACAAGUACACCCACCUUGUGUAUUCCUUCGCUGCAACAGAACCCUCAGCGAACGUCUCUCUUGACGGCUCCGACCCCGAGCUUCUCCCCCAGUUUGUGUCCAUGGCCCACGAUAACGCCGUGAAGGCCAUGGUGUCUGUCGGCGGCUGGGGUGGUUCCACCCACUUCUCAGACAACAUGGCAACGCCAGACAACAUCACCAACUUCGUUCAAUCUAUCGCCAGCUUCGCGACGCAAUACGACCUGGAUGGUAUCGACUUCGACUGGGAAUACCCCGGCAAGCAGGGUAUCGGUUGCAACGUCGUCUCUGAGAACGACACAGACAACUUUCUUUCCUUCCUGCAGGCGUUCCGUCAGGAGAUGGGCUCGAAGUUCAUCAUGACCGCCUCCGUCCCCGUCGUGCCCUGGACCGGCUCGAACGGCAGCUCCGUCAGCAACGUCUCGGACUUCGCCACCGUCCUCGACUGGGUAAACGUGAUGAACUACGACGUGCACGGCAGCUGGGACUCCACCGUAGGCCCGAACGCACCGCUGAACGACACCUGCGCGAACAGUACGACCGCGGUGGGCAGUGCGGUGAGUGCGCUCGCCGCGUGGAGCGCCGCGGGUAUGCCAGCGCACCAGAUCGUGCUCGGCGUCGCGGGCUACGGCCACUCGUACGCUGUCGAGCCCUCCGCCGCCGUCGCCCAGAACGGCACGCUCAACAUGUACCCCGCGUUCAACACGUCCGAGCAGCCGCUCGGCGACGCGUGGGACAACGCGACGAACACCGACGUCUGCGGCGUCGUCUCCGGACCUUCGGGCGUUAUGGACUUCUGGGGCCUCAUCGAAGGGGGCUACCUCAAUCCGAACGGCUCCGUUGCUGACGGCAUCAUCUACAUCUUCGACGGGUGCAGCCAGACGCCAUUUGUGUACGACGAGUGCUCCCAGGUGAUGGUCUCGUUCGACGACGCGGACUCGUUCGGAGCCAAGGGCAGCUUCAUCGCGGACAGCAACCUGCGCGGCUUCGCGAUGUGGGAGGCGGGCAGCGACUACAACGACAUCCUUCUCGACUCGAUCCGCGCCGCCGCCGGCUUCCCCGACGACGAGGACGAUGACUGCUGAGCGUGGCCGUUGAUUAGUGACUGCUGCAUGUCGAACGGGCUGCUGUGCCGCUCGGACGUUCUUCUCCUCUCGCACCUUAUCUGUUAUUGUUGGCAUCUGUCUAGCUCUGCGGGACGGUUGAACCGUCCGCUUGCUGGUCUUGGACUUAGCUCCCGCUGUGCAUCGUCACGCUCGUCAUCGUCAUCGAUCCGUCUGCUGCAUACUGCCCGUCGCUACUUAUCCCAUCGUCACCGUAUCAAUAAUGAUCUCGCAUCCAUAAGUCUGCAUCUUGGUGACACUGUACAGGCUAUGCCCUGUACUGUUAGGCUUAGACAAUACUGGGCAAGAGCCGGUGCCGAUUGUCAGUGUGAUCAGUCGGGUUUGUCCUGCUUCCGUAACGUCCGACAGAUGUGCGGUGUUUUUGCAAGCCGUAUGUACAUAAAGCAGCAGUGGGCGUCUAUAGUAACGC